CUAAUCAAUCAAACAAAAAGAUUGGUAAUCCAUUCUAUUUAUAGGCUAACAAUGAUUAGUUCAUUCUAAAUUGAUGCUGGAAGACAUAGUGUUGUUCAAAACGAAGGAGAAAAUGCAUGCAUUUGACAGAGAAGCGUUUACUUAAUGAUUUUCAUGCAGAGAAAGGUGUUUUAAACUAUUCAAGUUGGAAGACCUGAAACUUUAACUUGGAUUACUGAAAAGAUUAUGCUCAUUUAUACACAAGUGUGAUCCAGCCAGCAAUUAUAUUCACAAUGUUAAGGAAGAUUUUCCAGCACUUCUUGUUUGGGACCCUGGAUCUACAAUUUGUAUGUACAGUCUACUGGGUUCUAAAAACCAAGCCAGUUAUAUUUGGAGAAGAUGUCGAACUAUUUUGCAGCUAUAACAAGACAACCAAUCAUAGCUGUGACGAAUGUACGAAAAGAUGGCAUUUAUAUCUGGCAUCUGAUUUCAAACUCUUAUCGUUUAAUGGGUUUCCUUCUGAAAUAUCAAAAUACAACACUACCGAAGGACCUGAUGGUUUUGGUCUAGUAAUAAAAAACUUCAGUAAGCAAGAUUUAAAAGGUUCAUAUAGAUGUUCUUAUGGAUUCGAAAAUGAUAGAAAAAACCUGGACAUUGGGAAUGAUUAUGAAUAUCUUCCUAUGAAUAAUACACUAGAUAGCCAGUUUUCUUUUAACGACCAUACCACUUUGUCUAUGGGAGUUGAUUUCAAAGAAGUUCAUCCAUUUCCAAACUGCACUACCUCUGUUAACAGUAAAGACGUAACUUCCAAAGUGAUAAUAAAGUCUGAGCUUAUCCAGCUUUUUUACAAAGUAACGUACCAUUUGACAUUGAACAUAACAGAUUAUGGCUUCUGCAAAGGCGACUUCCACGUGACUUGUUUGAUAGGAUCCAGACAGCUCGAUCCAAUUAACACAAUUUUCGAUGAAUGUUUGGAUAAUAAGAACCAGUGGAUAAUAAUUGGUAGCAUAAUAGCAUGUGUAUCUAUACUAGCAAUUAUUUGUUUUGUUAUAUACGUAUACAGGAAUCCACGUUGUAGAAACAGGAUGAAGGAUGCUUUACCAUGCACAAUAAUUACAAGAGAAGCAGAUUUGAAGGAAAUGUAUAACUUACCUGUUUUGGAUACUGAUUUCGCUGGUGCAACAAUUAAAAGUGACCAAACGUUUCUUUGUGAGAAAUCAGACCAAGAGGACGACUAAAGCAAUGAUAGUGACUAACGCACAGAAAACUAUGAUGUCGGGACUUCUACAGCUGUUUACAUCAUGAAACUUACUCUCAGUAAUGCUUUUAUUUUUGCGUACGUUAUACUAUUUUUUUCAGGCAUAUUUUGUAUUUUUUGUUUUACAACUAGUUAGUGCAUUUAAUAAACAAUCAUUUCCUGAAAUUUGUGAUAUAAAAUAUUCAUCUACAUUUAUUAUGCUGUUUCUAUUCAAAUUGUAGGCAGGAUGGUAUACUCAUUUAAAACCCUACCCCCAUAUAAAAAUCAAAGUUUCGUCACCUUAAAAUAAUAAAUAACAUUUAAAAUGUUUAUGGAUUGAUGUGCAUUACAUUCAAUGAUUUUGUUAUAUUUCU